CUCUGUAGGAGUCGGUUCAGCAUCUGUUCGGCAGCUCUCCUCCCGUUAGAUGCCCUCACACGUUACAGCAGUUCUGCAUGGACUUAGUCGAUAGGCCUGCCUUAUUAAUAUCAAUUCUCGAGCUGCACAAAUUUUUACUUGACUUUUUCUGAGCAGUGUCUAAAAAAAAGGGGGAGUAUUUUUGAACAAUAUGGAAAAAGAGAGAAGGUCGUCUAAACAGUACGGCUCUCUGGAGAAGACGCAGGUGGACACAGCGACGGAGAAACCGACGGAGGAUGUCAUUUCCAUGGCUGACUCCACGAUUACCAUCGAGGACAUCGAAGGAGAGCUGUGCAAAAUCGAUCGCAUAAGAGACAUCCUCGUGCGGAGGGAAUCGGAGCUGAGAUACAUGAUGGAUGACAUCCAGCUCUGCCGAGAAAUCACGAGGCUGAAGGCGGAGCUGCAGCAGCUCGUCUCGACUCCAGACGAUGAUAAGUCCAAGGCGGACAGAGAGAGGGAGGAAGAGCUGCUGCAGCAGGUCAACAAGCUGGUGGAGACCAGGGACUUCCUGGUGGAUGACGUGGAGUUUGAGAGGCUCAGGGAAAGAGAGGAAGACAGAGAAAUGGCAGUCUUCUUACAGUCCAAAUUUCCCAAGACAUUGUCUGCAAAAGGUGCUUCGCAAGAUCAAAACGUGGCGUCCAAAUCCCAGCAGACGUCAACGCCGUUCAUCAGUAAAACUGGACUCACACUGCUGAAAGACUGCUGCGGCUUCACCUGCUCCAUCAUGUAAUACUCUGUGUGUGUGUGUGUGUGUGUCUGUGUGUGUCUGGCGUACUAGCAGUCACCUUUUGGCGGAGUGGACCGCCAUCUGGCACUGCCUGUACCCGGCUCACAGUCACCUAUUGGCGGCUAAACACAACUACCAACUGCCGCUAAUACGACGGAGAUCUGUAGUCGGCGAGCAAAGCUCUGUAGUUGGCAUCACGUGACCAGCCGGUGGUCACCUAGUUUUCGUAGGAAAUUAUACGAAUUGGUGUGCAUACAUUUAACGUACAUAUUACAUUGUACAAACCCGUUUAUGUGAAUGUGUUGCAUAAGUAGGAAUUUGGCGUAAACAGCAUUACUGAUCUUGAAACGAAGGCGAUAUUUCCCCAGUAACAGAACUUUUGCUCCACCGAUUUGCUGGUCCAGUCAGAGAGAUACAAAGUUGAAGAAUUUUAAAGCAACACUAGAGAACUUUUCCCACUUUGGUCCCGCUACAGGUUGGAAGCGGAAUUGUCCAUUGUAGUUUCUUAUGUCUCACUGGAACUACAGAUCCUCUACCCGAUCUGGCAAACUUGCAUAGUGCGGUCAUAGCCGAUAGAGAGCCGCAGAGUGAAUGCAGAAGUGCCGUUCACCCUGUUACGAGAUGAUGAACAACUGAAACGAUUUUGGAAACAUUAUUUUAAGUUACAAAAAGUUCUUUAGUGUUGCUUUAACUGACUGGAGCCCCAUAAUUCCCCUCUACAUAAAAAUUGUGUCUAAGGGUCACCAGUGCUCACAUCUCUGUUGUUGCACUGUAAACCCGAAUGCUCAAAUGAAUUAACUGGAAUGAGUUUUGUAAAUUUACAGUUUAAGAAGUUCUACUUACUUAAAACGUAUUGUUGAGUUACGGUUAAUUAAUACGUUAAGUUUUUAUACUUAAAAUUAUUCUGUUAUGUUAAUUUAAUACUUUCGAGUUGCAUUUUACUGAUUUUUGAGUUGGCUUAAUUGGUAUUUUAAUUUAACGGUAAUCAAAAAAUGCAAGUUCAUGUUACUCCACAUAUUUAAUCUCUAACAACCUCAGACUUUUAAGUUCAUGAACUCAACAAAUGUGUGGCAACUGCUUACUUAUUCGGGUUUACAGUGUAUUUAAGUCAUAAUUUUGCUUUUGUGUUUUAGACUUACAAGGUUUUUGCCCAACAGCGAAGAUAUAUUAUGUGAUUUACUGCUGUGAAAUACUGUGUUUAAAGUCUAGCAGAGAGGAAGCUGACUGGCUAAUACUAAUGCUUUCUGUCUAAUUAAUGUAAUUAAAUACUAUUAUAGUUGCUCUGACCUUCUGUUUGGGAUGGAUUAGCUGUUAAAGACUCACUGAGGGAACAGGCUACACUUGCUGUAGUUCUGUAUUGAGUAUUAUUGUAAUGCUUGUGAUUACUUUUGUUUUUGAUUAUUGGGAGUGGUUUCCUCUUUUUUUCCUUAUUCAGUUAAUCGCUGGGGCCAUCUAAAUGUUACAGUUAGCAUUAGCAGCGAAGGAGGGGAGAUGCCGUAUAUGAAAAUGACAAUUUUAUGGAUAAAAUAAAAAUGCAGGCCUUUGUACUUUCUGUUGGUCAUCCGAUGUAGACACAGGUGAGCAGAUUUAUGCAGAAGGCUGUCUCGCAAAUAUUGUUCAUUUCUGUUUGCUACUCAGUUACUCAGCAGGCCACAACUUAAACCAAAGUCUGAUGUCUGAUCCGGAUGUAAUUAGUCAUUCAGUAAUAUGCCUUAAAAGAGAAAAUGUGUAGUCUUUUCUGUGACUGUAGAAUGUAUCAUCUUUUGCAAUGCUGUUUCG